AACUUAAUAAGCGAAAUGUGUAACUACCGUCAGUACUUUAAUAAUAAAGUAUAAAUAUACGGUUUUAGAAGUUUAUAAGUAUUUCCAAAGCUAAUAAAAAUCACAUUUAUAUUGCAUAUCCCCAAAAAUGUGUUUAAUAAACUCACAUGAUCCCCAAAAUAAACUCACUUUAAUUUCAUUUGUUCCAGUGCAGUUGAAAACAGCUUUAGAUGAAUACGUUCAGAAACAUUUCUCAAAUGUGCAUGUUAUUAGAGCAACCAAAAGAGAAGGUCUGAUACGAGCGAGAUUAAUAGGAGCUAAAGCUGCAAAAGGGGAAAUUCUCCUAUUUCUGGAUUCCCAUACCGAAACAAAUGUGAACUGGUUGCCACCUUUACUUGAACCCAUAGCACUGGACAGAAAAACUGUCACUUGUCCUUUUAUUGACGUGAUAGAUUUCGAAACUCUAGCUUAUCGUGCCCAAGAUGAAGGUGCCCGAGGGGCAUUUGACUGGGAACUUUACUAUAAAAGACUUCCUUUACUGCCAGAAGACUUAAAACGUCCGGCUGAUCCAUUCAAGAGCCCUGUGAUGGCGGGUGGCUUAUUUGCUAUCAGCAAAGAAUUUUUCUGGGAACUAGGAGGCUACGAUGAAGGUCUUGAUGUCUGGGGAGGCGAACAAUAUGAGCU